ACAGCACCCCCUAGGCAUGGCACCAUCACAUUGAUACUGUGAGGACACACCCCUUAAUGGCUGCAUCCCAAACCAAGGCCAAAAAUAACAGGGUGAUCGCAGCUUAGAAAUAUUUGCCCACCGAAAAAAAAAAAGGCCCAGAAAAGAGAAAACUUUCACCUCUUCCACCACUUCCACCUCCAUCUUCUCCUUCGCCUUCCCCCAUACGAGAAGAGAGGAAAAAAGAAAUCCUUGAAUUUCAUAUGAUAAAAUAAUCCCAGCCCAGAUCAGAAAAUGUGAUCAUCAUCAGCCUCAGCAGCAGCAUCAAAGAAGCAAGCUUUAUUCAUUACAACACUCAUUAUCCUAUGGUACUCGAGUAACAUAGGAGUCAUUCUCCUUAACAAAUUCUUGCUCUCAAAUUAUCAUUUUGCCUUCCCAGUCUUCCUGACAAUGUGCCACAUGGCAGCCUGUGCACUCCUCAGUUAUGUCUCCAUUGUUUUCUUGAAAAUUGUCCCAUUUCAGAGGAUCAAAUCAAUGUCCCAAUUCCUCAGAAUCGCAACUCUCAGCAUUGUGUUUUGUGCCUCUGUUGUGGGUGGCAACAUUUCUCUCAAGUAUUUACCAGUGUCGUUCAAUCAAGCUGUGGGUGCCACGACACCGUUUUUCACAGCUUUGUUUGCUUAUCUCAUGACCCUCAAAAGGGAAGCUUGGAUUACCUAUCUCUGUCUUGUUCCUGUCGUCGGUGGGGUAGUCAUUGCCAGUGGGGGAGAGCCAAUGUUCCAUUUAUUUGGAUUUAUUAUGUGCAUUGGUGCAACUGCUGCUAGAGCAUUUAAGUCUGUUCUUCAAGGCGUACUUCUUUCUUCAGAAGGGGAGAAAUUAAACUCCAUGAAUUUGCUCCUUUAUAUGUCCCCAAUUGCUCUUGUAGUUUUAUUGCCUGCAGCAAUCAUAAUGGAGCCAAAUGUCUUGGAAGUUACAGUAUCGCUUGGGAUAGAGCAUAGAUACAUGACAAUACUUCUUUUACUCAAUUCCACAAUGGCCUAUGGAGCCAACCUAUGCAAUUUCUUGGUGACUAAGCAUACAAGUGCACUAACGCUCCAGGUAUUAGGCAAUGCGAAAGGCGCUGUUGCUGUGGUUAUCUCAAUUCUUAUUUUCCGCAAUCCUGUAACCUUCACUGGCCUUGCUGGCUAUACGAUGACUGUUAUGGGGGUUGUUGCUUAUGGAGAAGCAAAGCGGAGAUACAAAUGAUGUGCACCGGAGAUAUCUUGUCAAAUGCGGCUU